AUGAAACAAGCUAUUGAAGCUGCACGAACUAAAAAGGCAGUUAAAUUAUUUAAUGUGCCAAGAACUACUUUGAAAGAUUAUGUAAAAAAGUCUGACAAGCCUACAGAAGAUAUAGUUUCUGGAAAAAUGGGAAGAAAACCAGUUUUGUCACCUGCAUUAGAAGAAGAGUUGGUGAACUAUUGCUUGCAAAUGGAAAAUAAUUACUAUGGUGUGACCGCUUCUGAUUUAAGACGAAUGGCUUUUCAAUUGGCUAUCAGAAAAAAUAUUCCACGCCCAUUAUCACGAACCAAAAAUAAAGCAGAUAAGAAUUGGAUGAAGUUAUUUAUGGCUCAUCAUCCUAACUUGUCUUUUCGCAAACCAGAAUUUCUAUCACGAGCUCGCAAACAAGGUUUUACUGCAGAAAAUGUUAAAUCCUUUUUUGACAUAUUAAAACCUGGAUUAAAAAAGAUUAAUUUCAACCUCAAUAAAAUAUUUAAUGUAGACGAAACAGGGAUCACAACGGUUCAGCAUAAAGUGAGAAAAAUCCUUACGAGGAAAGGCAAGAAAGCAAUUCACAAAUUAUCGUCUACUGACCCAAUUUUAGUUUCUACUGAUGAAGAAAAUAGUGACGAUAAUGACGCUGAAUGCCCAGUUUGUCAUAAAAGUUUUUCAUAA